CAACCUCCAUCAUUGUAUGAAUUCCAGGCUCCUCAGACCGCACACACGUGUCACAGUCGUGUCUCUGAACGCUUAAUACAACGUGUCUGGCAUCUCUCCUUCUCGCUGCGGUCAUGUCUGUCAAGAGGCGAUCGACUCAUUCUCUCUUCGCUGCAGUGUUCCGCCGCGCGAGCGGCAGCCACGACGACCUUGAGUCUCACAGAGCGAGGACCCAAGCGACGAAUAUCUCUUGCGAAGAUGGCCCUCCCUUGUUGACAUGGUCAUCGCCACAUGAUGGUUGGCGCCAAAGAGCAACGCUCGUGCAGGACAGUGCGCUUCCAACGCAUCUCUCGUCAAAUAAUCUGGUAUUCGCGGUCACCUCGAGUGGCAUGACCGGGGACUCUGUGUGGCUGGCUGUGUUUGCGACGCGGGAAGUGUCAACAUCACUUCACGAGAGCGAACGCCAGACCGCUUCGUCCGGGGACGAUGCAGAAGAGGUAUCUGUCGUGCCCCCUACUACACGCAGCAACGCCAACAAAUACACGGACUGUACGCACGAUCAUAUCGCUAUUGACGCAUCCGGUCGCGUAUGACGUCUCGAUCAGAAGGACUACAUCGCGUUCCUCGACCUAGUCCAGGCGGCGCAAGCGGAGACCUCUAUGAUCGCAGACUUUCACGUCGCCCAUACCGUGACGUGCCAGCCUUCGGUCUACCUCGUUCUUCCCACUGAAGGUACGGGUGCGGAGUUUCAGGGCUCUCCCAAAGUCCCUGCCCUCCGCACAGUCGGUGUGAGUGCAUACAGCAAGCACUAUCGCAGACUCAAAGCUGGGCAGCUCGGGGAGAAAGGGAACAGACAGGUACAAAAUACGCACAAGGAACUGCCGCCAGCGCUAUACGAGGUACUGGGUCUGGCGCAGGAGGGGAUAGAGGGGUCCAGGGACUCGGAUACGAAUGUGGCAGCUGUACUUGCGGUGAAAGAUGCGCUGCCUCGGAGUCUGCUUUGCAGCAUGUACUUACCACCUGACCACGCUAGCCCU